AUGAUGCUAGAUUCUGGUACUACGAUUACCCUUGUAAAACAUAAAGAGAUGUUGCACAAUCUUCGUGACUCUCAUCCUGAAUCUGUUCAAAUAACCUCAUGCUCCAACAUGGAUAUCCCAUACGAUCAAGAGGGUGAUUUAAUUUUAAAAACAUUAAAUGGCAGACAAAUAAAAAUUCAUGCCUUUUACACACCCACAAUUGAUCAUACCAUUUCAUCUACUAGUGAUCUCCAUUCUCACCAUCUGUUCUUAAACGAGCGUCUCAACACCAUUGAAGAUGCUAAUGGUGAUGUUACAGCAAACAUUAACACCUACAAUGGUAUACAUUGGUUAUCCAAUCAUUAUAUUGUAUUUCCAUCUACUGCAAAUCGUAAAUCCGUAAAUGCAUUAAAAACUAAAUUUCCUUUAGAUCUGAUUCAUCGCAUUUGGGUCACGUUAAUGUUCAAUCAAUCUAUACAUCCAUCAAAAUAA